AUGUUUCGAAACGCGCUUCGUGGUGCUUCUCGCGCGCUCAUAUCGCGCACGUCUUCGCACCCAUCGCGCAUCGCGCACCCGCGAACGUACGCCCUCGUGCCGAUGGUGCUCGAGCAAACGAACCGUGGCGAGCGCGUGUUCGACAUCUACUCGCGCCUGCUCAAAGAGCGCAUCGUUUUCGUGAACGGACCGAUCGACGACAACGUGUCCUCGCUCACGGUGGCGCAGCUGCUGUUUCUCGAGAGCGUGAGCCCGACGCAGCCGAUUUGGAUGUACAUCAACUCCCCGGGAGGAAGCGUGACGGCUGGAUUGGGGAUUUAUGACACCAUGCAGUACGUGUCGCCGCCCAUACACACGCUGUGCGUGGGACAGGCGAGUAGUAUGGGGUCGCUGUUGCUCGCGGCGGGCGAACCGGGUCAAAGGAGAAGUUUACCGCAUUCGCGCGUGAUGUUGCAUCAACCGAGCGGAGGGGCCUCGGGGCAGGCGAGCGAUAUCGCCAUUCACGCGCAAGAGAUAUUGAACGUUCGCCAGAAGCUCGUUCAGAUUUACAUGAAACAUACCAAGCAAAAUUUCGACUCGAUCGGCGUGACUCUGGAGCGUGAUACGUUCAUGACUCCUGAAGACGCUAAGGAGUUUGGACUCAUUGAUGAAGUCAUCGAAACCCGACCCGCGGAGACGUCUCCGGUUUCCGGAGAAUAG